AUGGAAAGUGAAAAUGGGAAUGUAAUUGCUAUGAAUAGCGAAAGUCAAUCCAACACGGAGGAACAAGCAUAUUUGCAGUUGAUUCAAAAUAUUAUCGAUAAAGGAAGCAAGCGGCUGGAUCGGACAGGCGUAGGCACUUUGUCAAUAUUCGGCAGCCAAAUGCGAUUCAGUCUUCGGGAUGGGGUCAUUCCGCUGUUAACCACGAAAAAGGUAUUCUUUAGAGGCAUUGCUGAAGAACUGCUUUGGUUUAUCAAGGGUUCAACAAAUGCCAAAGAACUACAGGAUAAAGGGAUUCGUAUCUGGGAUGGCAACAGCACUCGCGAAUAUUUGGAUUCGUGUGGCUUUACGGAUCGCGAGGAAGGCGAUUUGGGUCCAGUUUACGGCUUUCAGUGGCGUCACUUUGGUGCAAAAUACAAAACAUGCCACGACGAUUAUGCAGGACAGGGAAUUGAUCAGUUGGCAGAAGUGAUACACAAAAUAAAAAACAAUCCUUAUGAUCGCCGAAUCAUCAUGAGCGCUUGGAAUCCUUCCGAUAUUCCCAACAUGGCCCUACCGCCUUGUCACUGCUUGGCACAGUUUUUCGUUAGCGAUGGAGAGCUGUCUUGCCAGAUGUAUCAGCGAUCGGCCGAUGUAGGCUUGGGAGUGCCGUUUAACAUUGCUAGCUACUCCUUGCUAACCCAUAUGAUCGCGCAUGUCACUGGACUAAAGGCAGGAGAAUUUAUACAUACUACUGGUGAUACCCACAUUUAUCUGAACCAUGUCGAUGCUCUCCGUGAACAGAUAAGGAGGAUCCCCAGUAAAUUCCCGUCUCUCGUAAUCAACCGUAAGGUAGAGUCAAUCGAUGACUUUAAUUUUUCUGAUUUUGAGAUUGUGAAUUACAAUCCGCAGCCUGCUAUAACAAUGAAAAUGGCUGUGUGA